AUGAUUUGUCAACCACAUCAAUUCAAAUGUUAUUAUGGCGGAUGUGUGAAUCGAGAAAAAUUUUGCAAUAAAUUCAACGAUUGUCUCGACAAUUCGGACGAAUUUAAUUGCGGUAGAUCAAAUGAAAGUUGCGAUCAGUCGGAAUUUUAUUGCUCUAGUAAUAAUAAAUGCAUUGAUUCGGCUUUAAUUUGCAACAAUCAACGAGACUGUCCAUAUGGUGAGGAUGAGAGCUUUUGUAUACCACAAAUUUGUCCAGAAAAUACUUUUCGAUGCAGUCAUGGAAGAUGUAUUGAUGAGAAAUUAAUUUGUGAUAAUUUCAACGACUGUUUAAAUGGUGACGAUGAAUCCGAUUUAUUGUGUAAGGCUAUUAAUUGUUUUGGACCUGAUUGUGAUAUUAUCAAUUGCUCACCAAUUAUAUCGAAUCGUUUAAUUGUAACAUGCAUGUAUGAUAAUAAAAUAAUCUCUUGCAAUGGAAAUGACAAUAUAAAGCCAGGAACAAUUGCAAAAUAUUCUUGCAAUGACCAAUACGAGCCAGCGAGUAGCAUACAUAAAUUCAAUAGCCAAGCAAUUUGCCAACAGAAUGGUAAAUGGUCAUCGGAAAUUUUAAAAUGUUCACCAAAAUGUGGAUAUUUGAAAAAUUCCGUGCCACUUAUUGUGAAUGGCUAUGAAAUAGAUUUUAUUCAUCCGUGGCAUGCAACAGUUUUCAUAAAACGUAAAAGCGGAUUAUUUGAAUUUGCUUGCGGUGCAACGUUGAUUUCCGAAUUUGUUAUAGUAUCAGCAUCGCAUUGUUUUAGUGGAUUAAAUGAAUCAGAUGUAAAAAUUGCAGUUGGUAAACGAUAUAGUAAUAUCACAAUUCAUUCAGACGAAUCGAAUGCUAGAAUUUAUGACGUUUUACGAAUCCUCCGUCACCCAUUAUAUUUGGAUAAAAUUGGUAACUAUGGACAAGAUAUAGCACUUGUUGAAUUGACAGAAAUUGUAGAAUUGAAUGAAAAUAUUCAUCCGAUUUGUGUGGAUUGGCAGAGUGAAGACAUUCUGACUGAAAAUCAAUUAGGAAUUGUUGUUGGAAUGGGAAUUACUGAAAAUGAGACAUUCAGUGACAUAAUUCGUAUGGCAAAACUUCAAGUUAUAUCAGCAGAAAAUUGCAUAAAUAGUCAGCCUAAGGAUUUUCAGAAAUACAUCACAUUUACGACGUUUUGUGCUGGUCUGGAUAACGGCACUUCAGUCUGCAAUGGUGAUUCAGGAGGUGCUUUUCAAGUUCUAUCGAGAGACUUAAAAACAUGGAAAAUUCAAGGGAUUGUUAGCUUAAGUCCUCGAAAAAUGUCAACUUUCUACUGUGAUCCUUUCAAAUAUACAAUAUUUACAAAAAUUGAGGUUUAUUUGAAAUGGAUUAAGCUCAUUCUGGAUGAUAUUGAAACGAAGACACUUGAGAAAAAAACUCUAUCAAGCUACGAACCGAUUCUUUAG